AUGGCUGCCAGAGAUGUUAUCAUAUGCCCUAAAAUCCAGGAAAAACUUGAAUUUUCAAAAGCUGCUUCUUAUAGAUGUGAGGUGUAUCCCUCAUCAUAUCAAGUUUUUCAAGUAAGGGAUUUUGAUGAUGUCUCUGUGGAUCUAGAAAAGAGAAGCUGCACAUGUAGAAAAUGGGAUUUAAGGGGAUAUCCUUGUAAACAUGUAUGUACUGUUGCUGGUUUUUUACAUAAGAAUGCUGAAGACUAUGUUGAUGUGUGUUAUCACAAAGAUACAUACAUGAAGGCUUAUGAGUUCUCAAUACCUCCAUUGCCUAGUGAAAGGUAUUGGACCAAGAUCAAUCAGCCAAUGGAUCCACCACCAAUCAAAUCUGCUCCUGGUAGGCCCAAGAAGAAUAGGAAGAGGGAUCCUCAUGAAGAUCCAAAAAGGCCUGGGAAACUCACAAAGCAUGGGGUUAUAAUGAAAUGUAGUAACUGUGGGGCUAGAGGUCACAACAAAAGAAAAUGCACUGAGAAGGGGAAAACAACUGAAGGUGGUUCUGCUCCAAAGAGACAGAAGAAGUCAACUAAAAAGGCAACAAAGCAGUCCACUCAAGAGGCAACCCAGCAGUCCACUCAUGAGGCAACCCAGCAGUCCACUCUUGAGGCAACCCAGCAGUCCACUCAAGAGGCAACUCAGAAAUCUACUAAAAAAGGAACCAAGUCAAGUCAAAAGGGAAUCAACAAGUCAAGUCAUAAGUGUUGUUUGACUUUUUCUGUUGUUGAUUGA